AGCGAUAAACAGAAACACAAAAUCUCUCACGAGUGGCGAGGCAAACAUCGGCAAAGGGGAUUUUCUGCCCAAACCCGGCCUGUGAGCAUAUGUAGUCUGAAGAGACGUAUGAGUGCAGUCAGGAGAAGUUGUUUACAUUUCUGAUCAUGGAUUGGAGCACACAGCAGUUGUUUUACACUAUAAUAUUUCUACUUUCGGGAGAAAGCGCAGUUCAUUUAGGAAGUUGCGUAUCAGCUGUAAUCAACGGAGAGGACACGUUUACUAUCCAGCACAAUAGCAGUGGGAAGUGCCUCCUGGUCCAGGAUGGAGCCUUGAAGUUGGGAGAUUGUUCGCUGGUGCCGGCCGUGUCGUGGAAGUGGGGUUCGGCCCACAGACUGUUCCACAUGGAGUCGUCUAUGUGUCUGGGUCUGGAGGUGCGCUCCAAAAUAGUGACCCUGUUCAGCUGCGACUCCACGGAGAUUCUGUGGUGGAAGUGCUACGAGGACAUCAUCUACACGGAAUACCAAAUGAAACUCACUGUCGGGACCAACGACUCUGUAACUGCCAAGAGGGAUGGACAGGACACUUGGAAAAGAGGAGGGAGCUCGGAAAACAUCUGUCAGCAGCCUUAUCGAAGUAUGAAGCUGUCAUUUUUGCACAUGUUUAUUUAGAGGUGCUGCAGCCUAAUGGGUCACACUCUGGGCAGGUAGCUGAAUGGUUGGAGGUUCAAAUCCCAGAAAGGUGAUGCCUGAAUCAUUGGGCCUUUGAGAACGGUUGUCUAGGGUUAUGGUCCUUGUAAUAAGUCGUUUUAGAUAAAGACGUCUGCUAAAAGAUAGCGCAUAUCGCUCACAAAAGUAUUUUCUUGACCUGGCAAGCUCUAAUCAGAUUG